AUGGAGUCAAGGACUUCAGCUCACUCCAAGCGCCGUUAUGACCAUACAUCAGAAAGAGACGAAAGCUCCAAACAGCCAAGAAAGCCUAGAGGCGCUCGGAGCGUUUUUGAACUUGUCAAGCAUCCGUUCAAAUCAACAACCAAGAAGCAGCCUUCCAUGGACACUGUCGGAAAAUACCCUCAAGGCUUUAAUAAAGACUCUAUCGAUCGAUCUCGGAGCUCAUCUGAAAGGGUCAUAAUUGAUGAAUCUCAAAGGGCCAGGCCAGUCUGUGAACCAGGCCAACCUACCGCGGUAGUCACCCUCGAUGGAGUCAAUGCAGAUCAAUUACCUAGUGAUAGCCAAGCCCAACAGGCAACGUCCUUGCUUCCAGAAAAUGUUCCCGAUGACAUAUCCAAGCUCUUGAUAAGUGACUCUGAGAUGGAUAGUGUUUGCGAAGGCCAGAAUGAUCAGUUUGAAAACUCCAAGAAGUCCCUGCCUCCUCCUCCAGCUCAUGAAAUCCAGGCCAUGAUGGUACCUGAAGGAGAGAACAGUUUCUACUGGAAAAGACAAUACGAGGCGACGAUCAAAAAACAACGAGAAACUAUCAACGGCCUCAAGACCGAUAAUGCGGCCCUUUCCGAUCAAGUCCAGAGUCUGAACCAGACUAUUUCAUCCUUGCAGAAACGCGUCAGCGCAGCCGCCAGUAAAAAUGUGAACAUUCCGGUUCGCACGCCUCUCAAUCGGCCAGAAAGAGAACUCCUCAAAGACUGGGAGAAUCUCGCAUUUGAAGUUAGAAACUUUGUUGGCUUUCACUUUGAAAAGGUUAACACCAAUGAUCUCAAGGCUUGGGCAGAGCAAAAUGGAACAUGGCUUGGAGAAGUAAGCCAGACUUAUCAACAGGACGUCACUGGCAAACAGACAUCCUUUGCCAUGAUCGAGGCUGCCAUCUGGUAUAACCUCUCCAUGUUUGUGUUUGCGGAUACCAAGGGCAAUCGGCCGAUGCGCUGGGCGGGUAACUAUGAGAGGGUCCUGGGAACACUAGUCGAUGAACUUCAGAAGGAACACGCAAAGGAGAAUUCUGAACAGUUCAUUCCUAUGUUCCAUCAGUGGAAUACUCUGACGGCCAACAUGAUGGCAACCAUCCAGUCCGAUGAUUCUUACGCCCAACAGGUUAUUCGUCUAGUCAAGAGGUUCGAAGACCUAUUUGCCUCCUGUCGUCCCAGAAAGUCAAGAUCAGACUCUUAUCGACUGGACUUGGAAGCGCUGACAGGGCGAAGGAUAUGA